GAGUGGUACAAGAGGAGAGGGUUUGUAGGGAGGGACGGAUAAAGAGAGAGGGAGAUAGAUAGAGCAGCUGGAAGCAGGAGAGAAAAUCCCGACCCGGCCUCUGCAAGCAUCAUUUUUACAUCGGAUUUAAUCCGCCUCCGUCUCGACCACAAUUUCACGCCAAGAGAGAUGAGUUUCUCCCACUGAAGAAGGCUAACUUCAUGUUGAACUGGUUUGUGAGCAGCCAUGACGAAAUCCUAUGAGUUCAACUGGCAGAAACACCUGCCUGGCUUCCUACAGGAAGGAGCCUCUUUUGACAGGUUUGACGAGGACCCGUUUGUCUUUGAGCCCAACUGUCUGGUCCAGGUGGACGAGUUUGGCUUCUUCAUCACGUGGAAGAGCGAAGGAAAGGAAGGCCAGGUUCUAGAAUGUUCCCUCAUCAACAGUAUCCGCGUUGGAGCGAUUCCAAAGGACCCGAAGAUCCUGUCAGCGUUCGAGGCGGUGGGGAAGACGGAGACUGAUCUGGAGGGCUGUAUCAUCUGCAUCUGCAGUGGCACCGACCUGGUCAACCUCUCCUUCAUGUUCAUGGUGGCCGAGAACCCGGACAUGGCCAGGAAAUGGGCAGAGGGUCUGAGGUCUGUGAUUCACAACUUCAGAGCAAACAGCGUCUGUCCAAUGACCUGUCUCAAAAAACAUUGGAUGAGGAUGUGCUUUCUGACCAACGUAAAUGGGAAGAUCCCAGUGAGAGGAAUCACGCGGACAUUUGCAUCGGGAAAGACGGAGAAGGGAAUCUUCCAGGCUCUGAAGGAGCUGGGCCUGCCCAGUGGAAAGAACGACGAGAUCGAGCCUUCAGCGUUCACCUUCGACAUCUUCUACGCCCUCACGCAGAAGAUCUGCCCUCGCACCGACAUGGAGGAACUCUUCAAGAAGAUCAAUGGGGACAAAACUGAUUAUUUAAACGUAGACCAGUUAGUCAGCUUUCUGAAUGAAAACCAGCGGGACCCCCGGCUAAACGAGAUCCUGUUCCCCUUCUACGACCCCAAACGAGCCAUGCAGAUCAUCGAGAAGUACGAGAGAGACCCUGAGCUGAGGAAGAAAGGUCACAUGUCCAGUGAUGGCUUCUGCAGGUAUCUGAUGUCGGAUGAGAAUGCUCCGGUGUUCCUGGACAGGCUAGAGCUGUACCAGGAGAUGGACCAACCGCUGGCCCACUAUUUCAUAAGCUCCUCCCACAACACCUACCUGACGGGACGCCAGUUUGGAGGGAAGUCCUCCGUGGAGAUGUACAGACAGGUGCUGCUGUCCGGCUGCAGGUGUGUGGAGCUGGACUGCUGGGAUGGGAAAGGAGAAGACCAGGAACCUAUAAUCACACACGGCAAGGCCAUGUGUACAGACAUCCUGUUCAAGGAUGUGAUUCAAGCCAUCAGAGAGACGGCAUUCGUAACAGCAGAGUACCCAGUCAUCCUGUCCUUUGAAAACCACUGCAGUAAACCGCAGCAGUAUAAGAUGGCUAAAUACUGUGAAGAGAUUUUCGGGGACCUGCUUCUUAAACAGCCUCUGGAGGGAUAUCCGAUUGAACCUGGGCGACCCUUACCCUCUCCCAACGACCUCAAACGUAAAAUCCUCAUCAAAAACAAGCGCUUAAAACCGGAGGUGGAACAGAAACAGUUGGAGUCCUUUAAGAAACACAUGGAUGCAGGAGAGACCAACACGCCUGCCAUCAUCCUCGGAGAGGAGAACGAGGAGGACGGCGACAUCUGUGGAGAAGACAAGGAAGGGAACCCCGAGGGCCAGCCCAGCAGCCUAUCAGAGGAUCUCAGUGAGAAGGAGGCUAACAGCCUCAGUGCCAACAGCACCACAGCCAGUAUUACGGCCAGUAGCGCGGCCAGCACCAGGGCCAGCACCAGGCCCAGCACCAGGGCCAGCACGGGGGCCAGCACAGCGGCUAGCACUGCGGCUAGCACUGCGGCUAGCACCGCAGCUAGCACCGCCGGUAGCACCACCAGGAAGGAAGAGGAGCCGGACAACAGCCUCAGGAAGGUAACCGAUGAUGAGGUCACAGAGAUGUCCGAGGCCACGGAAGCUACAGACAUCACCGACAUCUCAGAAGCAUCUGACCAGGACAACAACAAGAAGGCAGAAACCACAGAUGACGAGGAGGCCUUGAUAGCCCAGUACACCUAUGUAGGAGCCACCACCAACAUCCACCCCUACCUGUCUGCCAUGGUGAACUACGCCCAGCCUGUCAAGUUCCAGAGCUUCGACAACGCAGAGGAGAGAAACAUCCACCACAACAUGUCGUCCUUCAACGAGUCGGUGGGGCUGGGCUACCUGAAGACCAACGCUAUUGAGUUUGUCAACUACAACAAACGUCAGAUGAGUCGUAUCUACCCCAAAGGAGGCAGGGUGGACUCCAGUAAUUACAUGCCUCAGAUCUUCUGGAACGCUGGAUGCCAGAUGGUCUCGCUCAACUUCCAGACCCCAGAUCUGGCCAUGCAGUUGAACCAGGGAAAGUUUGAGUACAAUGGAUCCUGCGGGUACCUGCUGAAGCCAGACUUCAUGCGGAGGUCAGACAGGAUGUUUGACCCCUUCUCUGAGACGCCCGUUGAUGGGGUCAUAGCUGCCACCUGCAGCGUGCAGGUGUUUUCAGGCCAGUUCCUGUCAGAUAAGAAGAUAGGUACCUACGUAGAGCUCCUCCGUCAGGUGAUCCUGCCAGACCUGGCUGUGCUGCGCAUCGCCGUGUACGACGACAACAACAAGCUGAUAGGCCAGCGCAUCCUGCCACUGGACGGCCUGCAGGCAGGCUACCGACACAUCUCCCUGAGGAACGAGGGCAACAAGCCUCUGUCGCUGCCCACAGUCUUCUGCAACAUCAUCCUCAAGACCUACGUCCCCGACGGCUUCGGAGCUAUUGUGGAUGCCCUGUCCGACCCAAAGAAGUUCCUGUCUAUAGCAGAGAAGAGAGCUGACCAGAUGAGAGCACUGGGGAUCGAAACGAGCGACAUCGCUGACGUGCCCAACGGGAGCUCAAAGAACGACAAGAAAGGCAAGGUGAACGCUGUGAAGAGCAGCGUGUCGCCUCAGACCAGCUCAGAACUGGCCCAGACCUCCAGCUCCGCCCAGAACAACACCGCAGAGGCCAAGAAGGAUACGUCUGCCCUCGUGCCUACUGUAAAUAUCGAUGACUUGAAACAAAUGAAGACGUACCUGAAGCUGCUGAAGAAGCAGCAGAAGGAACUCAACGCCCUGAAGAAGAAGCACUCCAAGGACCAGAACACCAUGCAGAAGUCCCACUGCACCCAGGUGGACAAGAUGAUCGCCCAGCACGACAAGGACAAGCUAACCCAGGAGAAGCUGCUGGAGAAAGCCAUCAAGAAGAGGGGGGAGAACAACUGUCAGGAGCUGAAGAAGGAAACGGAGAUCAAGAUCCAGACCUUAACUACAGACCACAAGGCUAAGGUGAAGGACAUCACAGCCCAGCACACUAAGGAGUGGUCAGAGAUGAUAAACUGUCACAGCUCUGAGGAGCAGGAGAUGAAGGACAGUCAUGUGACCCAGCAGUGUGACCACCUGAAGAAGCUGCUGAACACCGUGCAGGAGCAGCAGACCCUGCAGCUCAAACUCAUCCACGAACGACAGAGCAAAGAGAUGCGUGCCAACCAGGCUAAGACAUCAAUGGAGAACAGCAAAGCCAUCAGCCAGGACAAGACCAUCAAAAACAAGGCAGAGAGAGAGAGGAGGGUGAGAGAGCUCAACAGCAGCAACACCAAGAAGUUCCUGGAGGAACGGAAAAGGCUGGCCAUGAAGCAUCAGAAGGAGAUGGAGCAGUUGGAGAAGGCCCAGAGGGAACAGCUGGAGAAACUGGACAAGUUCAAUGAGCAGGCCAAGGACAUGCAGCAGAUGGUGAAGUUGGAGGAGGAAAUGGACCGCCGACCAGCCACAGUGGUGUGAGCGACUGAGGGACACACACUCUCACACACACACACACACACGCAUGCAUGUACACUCCAACCACAGAGAGGUGUGACACCCACUCUCGCCAGAGACAGACACAAAUCAUACACAUACGCACAAACACACACUCACUCUCUCUCACACACACACACACACACACACAGAUAACUGACCACCCCUCAUCCUAAGACUCACCAGUGGCAGGCUGUGUUCUCCUCCUGGUACUGGACCUCCGUCCUUCCACCAACACCUGCUACCGCCGGCACAGUCCUGUCUGCCGUCUAAAAAAGCAGUGGCAGUUGAAACCAGAACAGACUGCACCGCACACACACACACUCUCUGUCUUCAGUCCGGUGUCUAUCUGGUUGUCAUGGGGGCAGGAUGUAACAGAUCUGUCAGGGUGCCAACGCAAGACCCACACCUCCAGGUGGACAGGUCAACGCACUGAGAAGGGAGCCUGGACAGAGAAACCAGCCGGCCAGAGUGUUCUGGUGCGACUGUCUGCUCUCACACCUCUCAGAAGACUGGAGCAGGGAAGGGUGUGUACUUGGGACACAAAACAAGGUCCCUACUCGCUCUGUAUCACCCUGUCACAGCUCCCACAGAGACAUGCACCUGUGCAGAGCAACACUGCAGGAGAGGAGGGCUGUGGACAGUACCGUUACACAACAUUCCCCUCCAUCUCCACCGGAGGCCAGGACCCCACCGCAGGGUCCUAAAGCCCACACCUGGGUCGUUCAAGACUGGAGUCCUGACGUCAGCUGCUGUCUCCGUGUCUGGCUAGCCCACACCUCAGUCCCUCUGUUUCUGGGGGGCUGAGUGGGUUCCCUGCAGAGGGCCGAAGAGCUUAGCGACAGUAUUAAUAGGCUUAUUACAAGCUUAUUACAUGGCUAUCAAACGCUUACUUGAUGUCCCUAGUGGCUAGAGAGGCGCCUGCCAUGUCGUCGUAACAGCUUAGACAAUGUGGGCUGAACUAAACAGCUUAUCGGCGUGGCCAGAACAUCCAUUCAGUAUUGUCAGGGGAAGGGCCCGCUGUUGGACAGCUCUUCCUAGACGGGGGUGGAUGACUUGACAGGGUACAGUAAAGGCUGGAACAGUGUGGGUGGGGUGUUUAGUCCAGAGAAUGUAGCUGGGGGUCUCUCUGUAACCAUGGAGACAGUUGAGUGUAUUUAAGGUGGCUGAGUUGUGAUGUUUUGAACCAAUGUCAGGUUCCUACUCCCCUGAGCCAGGGUUUGGGGAAGGGACAUCUCCCAGUAUCUAUGGUGUGGGACAGUUCACACAACAAGCAUCAGACGUGAUGGGAGUGUUGUCUUAGAGGUCCUGACAGAAAGAGGUGAAUUAUGGAAUCGUUUGUUCAGAAAUGACUCAUGGGUACUGUAGUUUUUGUGCACAUACAGUAGACAGCUGUGUUGUCAGGCAUUCAUGUGCAUGGCACUACACUCAGAAAACUGACCAAACCAAUCGCUUUACACAGAUAGGCAAAAGAAAAACACACCAAUAGUUCUUUUAAAGUUUUAUUCUGCUGUUUUAUUCUGCUGUAAUUCCUUUAAUUAAAAAAAAGGUAGAUGAGAUAAUAUGUAUAUACUGGGAUGUAUGUAGGUAAUGAUUUUUGACCAAAUGUGUUCAACGGUUAU